AUGCCUCCCCCCCCGGACCUCUCCUCCUACAUCCUCCCCCAAGAAACCUCCAAUUCCAUCUUCACCACCCAGAUCCUCCCGGCCGAGUUCCCCCCCAACGUAUCACCUUCCCCGCUGGUGCUCUCCCCAACCGACCCGAAACCACCCAUAGCCGUGCUGAUCGUCGGCCAAACCGGCGCCGGAAAGACCCGCCUCGCCCCCGCCGUCCUCACCGCGCUGACCUCCCUCCGUCGCCAACCUCCCGCCCACUUCAUCGCCGACACCUACAAGACCUACCACCCAGCCUACCAAUCCCUCACCUCCGACCCGGCCACCGCUCCCCUCGCCUCCCCCGCCACCGGCCCCGACGCCCGCCGCUGGCUCCGCCUCGCCGCCGCCCACGCCGCCCACCACCGCCUCGACGUCCUCCUCGAGAGCGCCUGCCGCCACCCGGACGACUUCGUCCACCUGGCCCGCCUCUUCCGCGACGCCCGCUACCGCCUCGACGUCCUCCUCCUCGCCGUGCCCCGCCCCCUGAGCCGCCUCGGCAUCCUGACCCGUUUCCACGACCGCCUCCCCGAGGCCGGCAGCCGCGGCCUCCCCAUCCGCCUCACCCCCCUCAAGGUCCACGACGAUUCUUAUGUUGGUCUCCUCGACGCCGCCCGCUGGAUCGACGCCCACCCGGACUGCGUGGACCGCGUUUUCGUCGUCCGCAGGGGCAACCUCGUCGCCUUCUCCGAUGACGCUGAGGCCCGGUCGGGCACCGGCCCGGGACCCCGCCUCCUGAGCGGUCGCGUCGUCGAUGCGGUGCAGAGGGAGAGGGAACGGCCCCUGACCCCCGACGAAAUCACCGUCGCUUCUGAGGACCUCGCUAGGCUGCAGGCUAGGGACGAGGCCCAGGCUUCCCAGAUCAAGGAGCUCUUGGAUCCUCUGCUCAAGCCGUCGGUCGACCCCGACGCCGCCGCCGUCUUUCCGGAGUUGAAACCCCUCCAGUUCCCUCCCGAUGGGACGGACCCUGAAGCCACCUUCUUACUUGGGGCUACUUAA